AUGGCAGAGUCAUUAGAAACGCAAAUAGGUGAUGCAGAUGAUCUUGAAGACAGGCUAAGUGUUAUGGAAAGUGUUGUAGAGCAAAUGAAAGCUACAUUUAUUACGCGAGCGCAACUUGAAGUUUUGCUUAAUCAAUAUAUCAUUCUUGAAGAUUCUAUUUUAUUAGGCUUGCAAUCUCUUGCAAAAACUGCAGAAGAUCCUUCAGUGCAGCAACAAAUAACAGCUUGUGCAGAGAAAUUCAAUGAAUAUGGCUCUGAUUAUCAAGAUACAUGAACUGAAGAAUUCUGAAGUAUUUAUGAACUUAUUCGUGAAGGCUACCAAAAAUCAGGGAAAAAGAAAACUGGCGUCGAAAUUGCAAAUCAAAUUGCAGACGUUCAGGAAAUCGCACUUACUUUAAAUAGAAUUUCUAGAGGAAACACAGUUGAAGGAGCAGGAAAAAAAGUUCUUGAAGAGGUAGAUGAGCUUUCAAAGAAAUACAAAUCAAGCACUUUGAUUGUGCCAGAGAGAGAAGAAGAGCCUAAACAGCAAAAAAAAUGUUCUAGCAAAUGUUUGGUGAUGUAA